GAAGACCAAGAGCCUAUGAAGAAGUGCUUGGAGAAAAAGAACAAAGAAUUGAUGGAGACCACUAAUACUAUUACAACAACUGAAAGGAGUGAGCCAGAGAAUGAGGACAUGAACAAGAAGAAGAAGACAAAGAGGAAAAAGAAGAAGAGUAGAGUGACUGAAGAAGAAGAAGAAGAUAAAGCAGAUGAACCAUAUGUUUGCAGUAUUUGCAAUGUCAUUUGUGAUAAUCCUGCGGUAUUCGAAUCUCAUCUUAAGGGCCAGAAGCAUGCUGCUGCGGUUAUGAACCUUACCGAGGGUCUGCUUGAUGAUAAGCAAAUACAAGAUAUGUGUCAACUUAUAGAUAUUACAGAGGAGAUCCAAUUCAAGCCUGGAGAAGCAUCUGAGAACAUCGAAGAGGAGAUGAGAGAGAGAUGUGGCAUCUCUGAAUGGAGUGCUGGAGAAUUUUCACAAGCUUUUGAAGAAGUCCUAGAGAAUGAUUACAACAAAUCUCUUCCAAAUGAAUUCACCGAACUAAACUCCGAGUUUUGGAGCCCUAAAGAAGCUAGAGAAUGGAUUGAUGCCAUAUUCAACACACAAGAGCUUUCACAAGAUGAAAAUCUAACCAUAGAAUUUGAGAGUAUGCUAAACCAAAGCCUGGAGAUGAACUCAGGCGGCUAUGAAGGAGUCACUGAGCAUCUAGAGGAGUUCAAGGACAAGGUGAGUAAAGAUAAAGCUGAGUCUGAAGCAUAUGUGUGUAGUAUCUGCAGUGUGGUAUGCGCUUGUCCAACUGUCUUUGAGUCUCAUCUGAUGGGUCGAAGGCACGCUGCCAAGGUAAAGAAGCAUGCAGAGGUUCUCUUUGAUGAUAAGAAGAUUCUAGAAGAAAGCCUUAAAGAGAAAGAUCGCUCAGAAGACUCAAUGGUCAAGAGAUUAGAAGUUUCUCUGGAGGAUACGUCGAAGCAGACGGUGGUUGAGGCUGGAAGCACAUCUGAGCGUGUGGAGGAGGAGAAGCAUGCUGCCACCGUGAAAAAGCGUGAACCCGUUGUGAAGAAGCAUGAUGCCGUGGUGAAGAAGCAAGCUGGGACCAAAUUUGCUUAUGUUAGAAAGAAUGGGCCUUAAGUGGGCCUUUGUAUUUUCCCGCCGUCAAUAAUUAUCCACUGUUAUGUGGUUGACAAACAAAAUACUGUGAUUAAUGGGCCACUUAAGGUGCAUCAUGAUGGGGUUUUAUUUAAAUAAUUGUGUGCACUUUUCAAAUAAAAGGCUUAUGAUUAAAAUGUAAAA